GAGAGANGAGAGAGAGAGGGGUGGAGGAGGGAGAUGUCGAAGACGCUGGUGCAGCCGAUAGGGCAGAAGCGUUUGACGAACGUGGCGAUCGUGCGGCUGAAGAAGCACGGGAUCCGCUUCGAGAUCGCCUGCUACAAGAACAAGGUCCUAUCAUGGCGCUCCCGCGUGGAGAAGGAUUUGGAUGAAGUGUUGCAAUCGCAUACAGUUUAUUCAAAUGUUUCCAAAGGAAUUCUUGCAAAAUCAAAGGAUUUGAUUGCAGCUUUUGGUACUGAUGACCAAAGAGAAAUAUGCUUAGAGAUUUUGGAGAAAGGAGAGCUUCAAGUUGCUGGAAAGGAAAGAGAGUCCCAGUUGUCUAGUCAAUUCCGGGAUAUUGCAACUAUUGUGAUGCAAAAGACUAUUAAUCCGGAAACUCAACGCCCUUACACAAUCAGUAUGAUUGAGCGUCUUAUGCAUGAAAUACAUUUCGCGGUUGAUCCUAAUACCAGCUCAAAGAAACAGGCAUUAGAAGUUAUUCGUGAGCUUCAAAAGCACUUUCCUAUAAAGCGGUCGCCAAUGAGAUUGCGGCUUUUUGUACCUGAGAAGAACUUUUCUACUCUCAUUGAGAAGCUGGGUGCUUGGAAUGCUAACUUAACUUCGAGGGACGAAUCAGGAAAUCAGCCAUCUGUUGUCUGUGAGCUUGAACCAAGUCUUUUCCGUGAUUGUGAUGCUCUAUUGAGGAGCUUGCAGGGGCGGGUGGAAAUACUCGCGGUCUCAGUCCACAUGGAUGAGGAUGCAAAUGUGGACCAUUUUGAUGAGGCAGAAGACCUCCCGUUGAAAUCCACAGAGGAGUCGGAUCCCAUCAUCCGGCUAGGAGAGAGAAUGCAGAAUCAAAGCAUUUCUAGUGAGGGAAACAGUAGCAGUGUAGGACAAGAAGUCAAACAGAACAGGUGCAACACAUGCGAUGCAGUUGUUGGGGAUGCCAAUCAGUAUAGGGAGCACUUCAAAAGCGAGUGGCACAAGCAUAAUUUAAAGAGGAAGACAAGGCAGCUCCCACCACUUCCACAAGAGGAGUGCUUGAUGGACACUGAAGUGGGUGAUAUGAAGGCCGACCUCAAGGAAUAUUCCUUCUAAGGUGAACAGGCUCAGAAUGCAAUGGUUCUGAUUAGGCAUUGUGCAUACUUGAGAGCAUGAGAGCAGCUUUCGCUACGAAGAACAACAGCCGCCCUUCUGGUCAUGAUAAGGAUUAGCCAAUGUUUCGAUCAUUGGAAUGAUUUUGAUUCUUGUACUUGGUAUGUAAUUCUGUAGCUACAAUGUAAGUGAUCCACUAUGUUAGAAAUGAAUUCUCCUUUUGCCCUAAAAGGAAAUCAAAUUACUUCUGCAUUCACAGUUUCUGGUUUUUGUUGCUUCUUAUGGAUGAGCACAUAUUGGUUUCGUCGACAGAUGUCUGAGAUUUUAUAGGGGGAUAAUUAUACUAACAGUUCUUAAAUUA